GAACGCUCGGUCACGGCUCGCUCGCUUCGGGCCUUUGCGGAAUAGGAAGGGCGAAAUAAGCGGCUGGUCGGGGACGCGCUGUGACGUUGUGGCCCAAGGUGUUAACACAGCGUGUAGAAGUUCCUGCAGUCUGUGGUUAUGCUGCUUUAAUGUCGGUUUGCUCGCGCUGAACUCUGAACUAGGUUACGUGUCUCCUGGUUUGAGGAGGAGUGGGUGCCGCUGAGUGAGUUACCCAGAUCUGCCCCGCCUCGCUGAACCUCUGGGUGACACCAGAUGCGAUUGAACCAAGCAGCCCUUCUCCCAUCUUGGCUGUGCUGAGAAUCCCCUUAAAAAGACACUGUUGGAAAAGCUUUUGUGGGCUUUCCCUCUGGAGCGUGGGGGAAAUGGUAGCAUAGAAAUCAUGAACUUCUGAGGGCCCUGAUCUUUCCAGGUGGAGGCAAACGAGGACAGCCCAGGCCUCCAGAGCCCUCUUUACUUCUCCUGUUCCAUGCCCCUUGUGCAGGGCAGAAUUGCAGCCAGUGGUUGAGUGGUUGAUACCCUUGUCAGGGACCAAGGAGAACAAAAAUGAGUGGUGGGUUGGCACCAAGCAAAAGCACAGUGUAUGUGUCCAAUUUACCCUUUGCUUUGACUAACAAUGAUCUGUACAGGAUAUUUUCAAAGUAUGGGAAAGUUGUCAAAGUUACCAUUAUGAAAGACAAAGACACCAGAAAGAGCAAAGGAGUUGCCUUUAUUUUGUUUUUGGAUAAAGAAUCUGCACAAAACUGUUCUCGGGCACUUAAUAACAAGCAGUUGUUUGGAAGAGUAAUAAAAGCAAGUAUUGCCAUUGAUAAUGGAAGAGCAGCAGAAUUCAUUCGCAGGCGUAACUACUUUGAUAAAUCUAAGUGUUACGAAUGUGGGGAAGCAGGACACUUAAGUUAUGCUUGUCCUAAAAAUAUGCUAGGAGAGCGGGAACCACCAAAAAAAAAAGAAAAGAAGAAGAGAAAGAAAAUAGUGGAGCCAGAAGAAGUUGAGGAGGAAGAAGAGAGUGAAGAGGAAGGUGAAGACCCUGCUCUAGAUAGCCUCAGCCAAGCCAUAGCUUUUCAGCAAGCCAAAAUUGAGGAAGAACAACAAAGAUGGACACAGACUGCAGGGGAAUCUUCCAUUUCAGAUGAUUCAAAACGUCCACGGAUUAAGAAAAGUGCUUAUUUCAGUGAUGAGGAAGAGCUUAGUGACUGAAAUAAUACUGUUCUAAAUGCAUAUAUCAGAUAUAUAUAGUGUACAUUUUGUAAAGUGCUACAAAGUGAUCUGUAAUACAGGUUUGUUUUGGUGUUGAAGACAUUGAAAAUCAUGGGGUUGUUUUAUUCUGUCCCCUGAUUCUCCCAUCUUUUUAUAUCUGUAUCUCAAAACCUUUUGUUUCAAGGCAACUUUUUAAGAAAAUGAUGUAAUUAUACACUUAAAUCCAGAAAAGUAUCUGUGAGAGUGCGUCUUGCAGUUAGUGUCUAGACCCAAGUCCUAGCAGUGAAAUGUUUCAUGAGAGAAUUUCUCAAGGCUUUUUUUCUUAAGAGGAGUUCCUCUUAGGAUGACUGUUAACACCACUGAUGCUUUAUGUGUUGGUCUGUUUGGAAGCAGUGCUUUAGUAGUACUUCAGUAGAUUAUGAAACUUGCAUUAGUUCCUCUGCACAGGGUUGAAUUUCAGCUUUAGGUAUUGUCUUUUUACCAUUCGUGCAGUACUGUAAUAAAUUAUUGUUACAUCAA